CCGAGCCGAGGUCAGAAUCGCUUGCUUGCCUCCUCCCCCCCAGGAACCUCCGUCCGCCGAUCUCUUCAACUCCGUGGUAUCAAACCCCCCGUCUGCCAGAAUAAUCAAGCCCACCUUUAAGUAGCUUCAUAACCUUGAGAUACUCAAAAUCAGUUGCAAUCCACCACCUACAACUGUUCCGUGUCCCCCGAAGUUGUCUCAUUUCACCAACUCACCCCACUCAUCACCAUCAUAAUCACCACCAUCAUCACCAUCAUCACAUCCACCAUGGCCUCCCAGACCCCCCUCUUCACGGUCCCCAUCGCCCCCCUCGGCGACCACGUCGGCGGCUCCAUCGUCUGCACCUCGCCGGCGCCCCUCGUCUACCUCCUUACCUGGUCCUCGCCCCCGGACAACCGCCUGACGACCCCCUUCUGCCGCGCCCUCCUCGCCGCCCUCGACAUCGUCGAGUUCGCCCACCCCGUCGGCGUCCUCGUCACCACCUCCGCCGUGCCCAAAUUUUACUCCAACGGCCUCGACCUCGAACACGCCUUCGCCACCCCGAACUUCUGGCCCGACACCCUCUACCGCCUCUUCCACCGCUUCCUCACCUACCCCAUGCCCACCGUCGCCCUCAUCCCCGGCCACGCCUUUGCCGGCGGUUUCAUGACCGCCAUGCACCACGACUACCGCGUCAUGAACCCGCAAAAGGGCUUCCUCUGCAUGAACGAGCUCGAGUUCGGCGCCCCGCUGAAGCCCCCAAUGUCCUCCAUCUUCCGCAUCAAGUGCGCCUCCCCGCGCGUCUACCAGGAGAUCGUCCUCGAGGCCAAGCGCUUCCCCGGCCCCGCCGCCCUCGACGCGGGGCUCGUCGACGCCCUUGGCGGCCUCGACGAGGCCCUGAAGCUGAUCGCCGACCGCAAGCUGACCGCCAAGGGCAAGUCCGGCGUCUACGCCGUGCUCAAGGCCGAGAUGUGGAAGGAGAGCGCCUACGUCCUCGCCAAGGAGAACUACGAGACCACGGAAAAGAUCUGGAGCCAGAGGGAAGCGCUCGAGGAGAAGCGCGUCGCCGCUGGGAAAAAGUUUGUCGCGGAAUGGAAGGCUGGCAAGGCCAAGCUGUAAU